AUGGUUGUUGCUCUCGCCAGCCAAGCCGAAGAAGUCCAGGAUCAGCUCACCAGGCAUGGUGAGCUGCUUCAUCAAAUCUUCCAGCUUCUACUGCAACUGGCCUCGAUCCUUGAACCUGCGUUUGCUGAGUCUAACCGUAAGCAAUUGGAGCAGGUGGCUGAGUUCAAUAUCAUGCAAGCUGAGGCUCUCUCCAACCUAGAACAAUGUGUUGAAGACAUCUCCUUGAGUCUUAAUGAUCUCAUCUUAUGUCUUGAUAAUGACAAAGAGGGGGAGAAAGAAAAAAGUGAGAAAAUUGACAGUGAUGUUACUACUGAUGAUGAUGAAGCCCUUGAUGUUUUGCCUCAUGUAGAUGAAAUCCCUGCCGCUGAGGAUUCCAUCACAACUGGUGACGCUAAAGCUGAGGAUGAUGAUGAUGACGUAGUAUCUCUAACUACUCAUGAAAACCUUCCAUCCACCUCUACAUUGCAAGAUGCUAGUGAUGAGGAAGAAAAUGAUGAAGAGGAAGAUGAGGAUGAAGAAUAUUAG